GAAAUAUUUAAUUUUUAUAGACACUUUUUCCCGUGCGUUUUUGUAUUUAUUGCUUUUUGCACCGCGAUCCAAAUUUAAGUACUCUUAGUAUAAUCCCUUUAUCAAUUCAGAACAUUUUCAAAUCGCAAACACAGAAUAUACAAUGGCAAAGGCACAGGCUGGAUGUCUACAGAAAUCGAUGCGGGGACUGCUCGCCUUCAAGCGAACUGUAAUGUUUAAGCCAAGUGUGCGACAUAUUCAAACCUGCAAGGCUGAUGUGAAGGGUGUUGUAAUUGGCUUGUAUCUGAAGGAGGGCGAGAAGGCUCCCAAACUAUCGACUGCCGGUGAGAAAUUCGACGACCGAGUGCAGGGAAAGAUUUCAACACUCGUGCGGGAGUCGGGCCUGACGGGCAAGGUAGGCAAGGGCCGGGUAUUCGCCAAUUUGGACGAAGAGUUCCACUUCGUGGCCGUAGUUGGUUUGGGCAAGGAGGGCGCCGGCUUCAAUCACGAGGAGGUGCUCGAUGACGGUAUGGAAAAUGCGCGCUGCUGCGCUGCGGUCGGCGCUCGUAGCCUACAGAUGCAAGGUUGCGUUGAGGUUCAAGUAGAUGGCCUGGACUAUCCGGAGCAAGCGGCUGAAGGUGCCGCACUCGCUGUAUGGCGCUACAACGUAAACAAACGCAAGCAAAAUCGCACCCAUGUACCAAAGCUAGACUUGUACGGCUCAACAGAGAUGGACGCCUGGACCCGUGGCCUAUUCAAGGCGGAGUCACAGAACCUGGCACGCCGCCUUAGCGACACGCCAGCCAACCAGAUGACACCUUCCAUAUUCGCACAGGCCACCAUCGACGCCCUCUGUCCGUGCGGUGUCAGUGUCGAAGUACGGGCAAUGGAUUGGAUUGAACAACAGAAUCUUAACUCGUUUCUGAUGGUUGCUAAGGGGUCGUGCGAGCCACCGAUUGUUUUGGAGGUUAGCUAUUGCGGCACCACACCCGAGGAGAAGCCCAUCCUGCUACUUGGCAAGGGUCUUACCUUCAACAGCGGUGGUCUGUGCCUCAAACCCAAGAGAGGUAUGGACCAGUACCGUGGCUCCAUGUCGGGCGCUGCAGUGGUGGUGGCCGCCAUCCGUGCUGCAGCCGCUCUCUCCCUACCCGUGAAUGUGUCGGCGGUUCUGCCACUCUGCGAGAACAUGCCAUCGGGCAUGGCUGCCAAGCCAGGAGAUGUGGUGACCCUUCUUAAUGGCAAGACCAUGGGAAUCCAAAACACGGAUCGCGCCGGCUCCAUACUCCUGGCCGAUCCGCUGUUAUAUGCCCAGGCCACGUACAAGCCGAAACUGAUUGUGGAGGUGGCUUCGCUGUGCAAGGGUGUGCGCGAUGGCUUGGGCGCCGCGGCCACCGGCUUGUGGACCAACAACACAUUCCUGUGGAAACAGUUCCAGAAGGCGGGUGCCGUAACCGGCGAUCGUCUAUGGCGCAUGCCAUUGUGGCGCUACUUUAAGCAUCUGGUCACCCCCAACGUCACCUACGAUCUGUGCAAUCAGGGCAGGGGUCCAGCCAGUUCCUGUCUGGCGGCCGCUGUGCUCUACGAACUGGUGCCCUGCGUUGAUUGGGUUCAUCUGGAUACUCGAGGCACCGGAUUGGAAUCAAAAGAAGGGGUGCCACCAUAUCUGCUAAAGGAUCGCAUGAGUGGACGGCCUACCCGCUCCAUCAUUCAAUUUCUCUACCAGAUGGCUUGCAAAGAAUAAUCUUAAGACCUCAACCCAACCCAUUCAAUUAUCUACCAAUGUGGCGUAUUUGUUUCUUGUUUUGUCAAAAUUGUUAGUGAAGUCCAUGCUAGGGCAUGUCUUGAUGUCCCUUAUGCAUGCAUAUGUCUGUGCUACGUCUCCAAAUGUAUAUUGUCCCUAUAUGUAUAUGUUAGUGAUGUCCUUCUGAAUGGGCACGUCUAGUAAAAGAAAAAAAUUAAAUGCCUUGUUGUUUUA